UAUGAUUCAUAACAACAAGCAGUGACUUGAGAGUUUGUAACUUUAAUAAGCUGUUAAACGACCAUUACCUUAAUGUUUCUUUAAAAAAAUGUAAAAAUAUUCAGUCUGUUGAGUUACUGACUUGUAACCGAUGGUUGAGAAGUUGACAAGAGCACUCAACAUUUUUGUCAAAAGACGCUCAUAACCAGUAUAAAAUGUGAAGCCCUACUUCUAUAAGCUGAUUUAUAGUGUUUCUGUAAUCUGUCGGAUGAAGUAAUUGUUUACUCAGGCCUUUUGAAUAGUGGAUCUGUACUUUCAUGUGUAAAUCGUAAAUGAUGAUAUAUUGGUGUGAACUACAGCUAUGUUGAUCUAUCACGGAGAUUAGAAAUUCGGCAAUCAUGUUUUAAUGAAAUUUGGGUGCAAAAAUUUGAUGAAUGUGAGAAGUUAAACGAUUUAAUGAAGUGCUGAAAUGGUUCUUAUUUAGUGUUUUAUUGCACUGGGUUGAAUUUGAUUUACUCACUGGAAAUAAAGUUACCUUAUCGGGAUGUAAGCAAAUUUAAAACAGACUUUUUUUAUUUUUUACUCAAACACAAUGGAUUAUACGGUGAGUAAAACAUAAAAACUGUUGAGGAAAAGUACAUGAUAUGCAUUAUCAAAUACAAAACUGAAAUAUAAGACUACUUGAAAAUAUCAUAAAGAGCAUUAUAAAAGCAUGUCAGCACGAGCAGUGAUUCCACCAUUAACUGUGGACCCAGUCCCCGGUCAACAGAGUUACAACAUGUUGGAGUCUCGUUUGAAAGCAGCUGAGCAGGACACCAGACAGCUCAUUGAGCAGUUGGGAAGUAUGGGGUUUGAGAAUCCACCUGACAAUGGGAAGAGUUCACUGUAUGAACCAGUAUCACCCUUCAGAGGGCAGACAAAAGCUGUGAACCAGGAAAACUAUGAGCGAUUCAAGGCUCAAUAUGAAAGUAUGGUAUCAAGAGUGUGUAAAACUGAGAGUGCUAUGCAGACUUUGAAGUUGAAUUUAGUAAACUUGCAAGGGGACCAGAAGUUAAAUCAAAAACAGGACUUAAAAGAGAUGAAAGAGAAGUUCCAGUAUGCAAGAGAAGCAUAUGAACAAGAAAUAGGUAAGCUGACGCGGCAGGUGGAAUACCUAAAGGAGGAGCUUGGCUCGGAGGUGAACGCGAAAGGAAAGGCCAAACAAGAGAUACAGGAUCUACAAAAGGCCCUUAGUCAGUCUUCUGAAACACGGAUGGAGGCGGCCAUGACAGCUGAAGGUCUGAGCCUGUCACAGCAGAAACUACAGAAGCGUAUCAGUGACCUGAAGGAGGAGGUAUCACGGGAGCAGAGUUUACGAGCCAGCCUUGAGGAGUCACACAACACACUGCUCACUCGUGUACGAGAGAUGGAAAACGUGGUGGAGAUGGAGAGGUCUGGGGUCCAGUCAAUGAGUUCCGAGUUUGCGCAUGUGAAGGCUGAGUGUGAGGGCGUGAAGGAGAGACUCAAAGAAGAAACCAAGCGGAAACAGAUCGCCGAGAGCAACUACAAGAUGCUCUGUGAUGAAAAAGAUGAGUUACUUGUGAAGUAUCGUGGCUGUGAGAGUGACAGAGAGCUGCUGAUUUCCGAGGUUACCCGUCUUCGACAGCAAUACGAAGACCUCAUAAAACAGAUGGAGCAGACACAGGACAUCAUUGACAAACAGCAGGAAAUAUUUCUAGGUGAUAAGCUUAGAGGAGCGGAUGACUUGUCAAUGUUACUGAUCAAGAACAAGGAGUUGGUGGAGGCCAAUGAGAAACUUACGGCAACUCUGCACACCACUGGCGAGGAGCACAAUAAAAUUAAUGCACAACUCAGACGGGAACUAGAGACUGAGCGCAAGAAGUCUCGAGAUAAGGAGGUGGUUGAGGACGAAGCCUCGAGACUCAAGGACAGCGUUGCUGAACUUUCCUCAGAAAACAUAGACCUCAGGAAGAAAAUCAAACGUUCAGAGGAGGAGGUAUGUAAGCUCCAGGGGCGUUUGAGCAGUAAGGAUGCCGAGCUGACACAGACAGCAGAUGGCUUCAGCAAGGAGUUGGCGUCGUUGCGGGACCAGCUACAGCAGCAGAACAAGGAGAGGGACCAGAUACUCAAGGACAAAGGAACACUUCUUGAAGAGGUCAACCAGACUGUAGAUUCUAUGUCGGAGGAGCGAGCGCGUCUACAGAAGGAGGUCCAACAGCUUCAAUUAGAGUUGGAUGGACACUCACGGGCAAGGCGUAAACUCGAACAUGAAAACGCUCAUCUACUUGAGAGGGUCUCCGGGUUUGAGCAGCAACAGAUUAAGGAUAUAACAGACCUUUGCGGCCAUUCUUGUUACCAGCAAGCCCAGAAGCAUGUAGAGACGACCUUGAAGGAGAUGAUGGAUCAGAAGAACAAACUGGCAUACGAGAAGGGGCGUCUGCAGACACAGCUGGAACAGGCUAACGGGGAGCUGGAUGCACUACGCUCCACUGACCUCGACACCAACAAGUAUAAGACUAUAGCUGACACACUCGCCAUUAAAUAUAGCCAGGUAUGUGUAAGCCAGAUAAGUGAGUUGAAGGUCAUGAUCCAGCGACAGGAAGCCCAGCUGAAGCAAGCCAACAUUCAGCUGGAUAGUCGCCAUAGUGAUUUCAGCUCCAUCUCUGUUGUCAAGGAUGAACUGCUCAAGGAGAACCAGCGUCUGCUCACAAAACUACAGUCCUCUGAGGAGCGGGAAAAACGAAAGAUCAAGUCACUACAGAAGAGCAUGGAGGAUGGGAAGGCUGUAAACAAGGAGAUUGCCUCAACACUGGAGUCAGUGAUGGCGUCACACUCUCAGCUGCAGAGCGUUGUCGAGAGCCUACAGGUGGAGCUGGGCAAGAAGGACUCGCACAUCACACGACUUAAGAAUGAAAAGAGUCGAGAUCAGUCAGAGUGGAAAGGAGAAAUGAAGCGGUUUGAGGAGAGAAUGGAGGCCCUGAGAGAGGAGUUGAGACGGGAGAGGGACGCUUCACACAGGAAAACUAGCAAGGACAUCGGAGAGGUAAAGAAGCAGAACGAGAACCUGUCUGUACGGAACAUGGAGUUGAUGAAGGGCAACCAGGAGUUACGGCAGAAGACCCGCGACCUUGAGGCCACCGUACAAGACCUCAAGGACAAGGUUGGGGAGCAGAAACGCAAGAUAGACUACCACCGCAGGGGACGCGGAGAGGUGGAGGAGAAUGUCAAGAAAAUGAAGGAGAUGAAAGAAGACAUAGAGGAGCUGGAGUCUCUCAGGGAUACAUACAUUGCCAAGAACCAGGAACAGGCGGAGAUGAUAUCAACAUUCAUGGCCCAGAUCAACACUCUGCAGACUGAGUUACGUCAACUUGCCCACGCCCACACACAGACGGCUGACCUUGUUGUGCAGAAGGAACGCUCCAUCGAGAAGGAACGCAAACUCAAGGAAGACAUACGGCGCAGAUACAAGGCAACAAGAAAGCGUGAGGAUGAACUGGACACUAUGAAGUCUGGAGCAGAGAAACGACUCAACGAGGUGCGAGAGGAGUCUAUGGAGAUUUCAAACCACCUGAAAAGUGCUCAUGAAUGGUUUAAAGACAAGUUUGACAACCUUCAGACUGAGCUCCUGUCUUCAAGGCGUAUACAGGAGAGACUGGAGAGUGACAACACAGAACAGAGACAAAAGUUAGACGGUGAGAGAAGGAAAGCCCAGGCGGCUGCUGAUAAGGCCAGACAGAUGAUACAGGCAAGCCGGCAGACUAUAUCAAGACUAAGCGACUGUGCUGAUCUUGCUGAUGUCGAGACAAAACACCAGCUGAAUGACCUGUACAGCCAACUGCAGGCAGAAAAAGACCAUGGCAAAUAUGUGGAGCAAAAACACCACCAGUACCGGGACGCCUCUGCACGCCAGUUCCAACAGCUUCUCAAUGACACAGAUGACUCGUAUAGCUGAUUAAGACUCUGAUUUAGACAAUGAUAUUAUGUACUUGUAUAAGAUAAAGAUAAGUUAUACAGAAUUGUGAAUAUUAAGCAAAAUUGCUUAUUUUUGGUCUCUGCAAUGCUAUGUAAAGGGAUAUAUUAAUACACAGUUUUAACAGUUACUUACAGACAUAGAUGGCUCACACAUAUGGCUCUCUUUUAGACAACAACAAUGAUUUAAAAUAUAUUGACAUGUUUUAUGCAAUAAUACUAAAUGCUUAAAUGUAUACAUAGCUUCAACAGUUUCAUAAUAAAAUGAAGAUAACUGAUAUAUUUAUUGUGGCUCUCUUGUAGACAUGUAUGUUUGCAAUACUUUCAUAACCAUUUAAUACACAUCAUAUGUUUUUUUUGUAUUUCCUUUUUCCUACUGCCAUGAGUUAUGCCUAUACUGUAGCAGUUUGUACAUAAAUGAUUUAAACAUUGAUUAACCCAGGGACUCAUUAACAGAUUUCAUAUCGGCAAUGAUGUUUUUAAACUCUGUUGAAAGCAAGUUGUUCUCGUGACGUCCAUGAAAAAACAGCGUAUGGCAGUUACUCAUUUCAACAUAAAAUUGUAAAUCUAAGCUGAAAAUUAUUCAAUUUGUUUAAGCUUUACAAACGCUUUUUCAGCAAAACACCAUUUUUUGUCAUAUCUUUGAAUUAUUAUUUACAAGAGAGCUCUUAUUUGAAUUAUUAAUAUUUUAUCACUGAAACGAGCAUUUUGUUAAUAUUUCUCUUAAAUUAGUUAAAUCAAUAAAGUUAGUUAAGUAUGACCUUAUAAAUCUUGAACAUGUCCCUUUAAUCAACAUAUAUUAUAUGCUUUCUGGUGGGUUAUAGAGAUUUAUCAGUGAAAUGAAAAUGAUAUUUCACUGUUUCAAACAGUGAAAAUAUUGAUUGAUAUUUUUCACUAUUUUAAAAUUUUAGCCCAUUAUUAUGGGCACAUCAAACAUCAGCGGGCAUAGGGACACAAUUUCAGCGACACAAUUUCAGCGACAUCAUUUCCGAAAUAACAAUCUUUUGCUUACAAUUGCGCGUGCUUUUCUAUAUAAACAACUAUAAAAUGUCAUGUUAUAUCACUUGUAGCAAGUAAUAAAAAGAUACUAUGCCACUCGUGACAUAGUUUUUGGUGCUCACUCAGUGAAAUAUGUUGCGAUCUUUCACUCGAACAAACAAUUAUCCUCUAUAUAUUUGUAUAAACUAUUGCAUUUUUGUUAAACAAACAUUGGGCCGAUUGUCCAGAACUUUUAAUUAAAGUUAACAAUGUGAUUAACGACAUCGUUGUUAACUUUUAAACUUUAAAUAUUUGAUUAUGGGCACAUAGAUUUCAGACAAGUACAGCUGAAACAGUCGUCACAAAUCUAGUUAUAAACACCGCAGAUCAUUAGUGUACCCAUUAACUAUCACAGUAGUAUGAUUUGAAAGUUAACAUUGAUAAUGUUAGCAACAUUGUUAACUUUAACAAAGUUCUGAACAAUCGGCCCAUUGUGGCUCAUACAUACAUAAAUGUAUAUUAUAUUAUAAUCUGCUGAAAAGCUCAAUACUGUGUAUAUCUGUGAUAAUUAUUGCUCCCUUGUGAUGAAUCUUUGUGCUUUUUUGUCAUGCAUUUUCAUGUAUUCCUUCAUAUACAAGUAUGGAAUCCUGUAUAGUGUUUGCAACAUAGUCAGUUUAUUAUUUGCAUUUAGUUUGUUAUACUGUAUAAGUGUAUUCAUGACCUUGUAACUUAAUAUUUAAAUACAUACACAUUGAGGGGUGAAUGCGAAAAGGUUCUAAGUGACAUUAAAUAAAGAAGAAGAUAAAACCUUUUCACUUUCACCCCUGUAGGUAGAAUAAACCAUAUAUAUGGAACUGGACCACUAUUUAUAAAACAUCUACAAACAAAAGUUGAUUUUGGAUCUUCCUAAAAUGUUCAUAGAGAAAAAUAUGAAAGUUUUACCCAUUCAAGUAUGGGUUUUCAAUAAAAUUAAUGAAAACAAAGUAUAUCUGAAAAUACUAUCUUUUUUUUUUAAUAUGACCAUUGAGAUACUUAAAUUAGGAAAGUGGCUUAAAUUAGGAAAGUGGCUUAAAUUAGGAAAGUGACUUAAGUUAGGAAAGUGGCUUAAAUUAGGAAAGUGGCUUAAAUUAUGAAAGUGGCUUAAAUUUAGGAAAGUGACUUAAAUUAGGAAAGUGGCUUAAAUUAGGAAAGUGGCUUAAAUUAGGAAAGUGGCUUAAAUUAGGAAAGUGACUUAAAUUAGGAAAGUGGCUUAAAUUAGGAAAGUGACUUAAGUUAGGAAAUGACUUUAAUAAGAUGUUUUAUGGGUACUGGCCCUUAGUUUUAAUGUAUUAUAUAUACUGCAGGUAGCAUUUAGGUCAUUAUUUAUGUAAUUAUGUUUUAUCAUAACUUUCAUUUACCUUGAAAACAAUUGUUAAUAUCUUGUUGCAUUGUUUACAGUACUCAGAUAAUAAUCUGGUAGUUUAUACCUGAUGUGAUAUAUCAAAAUGUUCUUGAAUACCCAAGUAUUAUUUUCUAUUGAGCAUGUAAAGCCACCACAUCAUUUCACAGCACUAUUUCAAGACAAAAUGUAGAUGUAAAUGUACAUGUAAAUGAACUUACUGUUCCUGUCUGUGUCAAUUGUGAGCUUUCAUAUUCAGUUUGAAACAGAAUACUUGUGUGAAUGAGAAAUUGCGAGUGUGCUAUUUAAUUACAUGCAUUUUUAACCAACAUUGUCUUAACACUGACUUUUGUUCAUGUAAUAGGAAAGAUCUGAGAUAUAAUAAAAGUCAAAAUACA